AUGAAUAGGCCGCCUCCCAAUCUUGAACAGAUGAGACGAGAUGCUCUCAAAUCUCUUCAAGAAAAAGCAAAAACUACGGUUGAACGAAAAUAUCAGUAUCAUCAGAAUAGUCCUUACAAUGCCAAUAACAACAACAACAACAAUAAUAAUAAUAAUAAUAACAAUCAACACUACGGACACCAAUAUCCUCAGCAAAAUCAAUAUCCUCAGCAAAAUCAAUAUUCUCAAAAUCAAUAUCCUCAUCAACUGAAUCAACAAUAUGGCCAGCGUGGAAGCGCGUCUAACUCUGGUCCUUAUCGUUUCCAUAGAAAUGAUUCAAGACGCGCUCCACCAGAGUCUCAUUUUAAUUAUCGUAAUAAACCUUCAUAUCAGAAUAAUGGCAGUAAAAUUAAUAAUAAUUAUCGAAAUUCUCGUCCUAAUUACUAUAAUACUCCUGGAUCCUCACAUUUUCAGCAAAAUCAAGUUCAAAAAGGAGAGCCAGAAAUGAUUGUUAUUGAUUCUUCACCAUCUCCAGAGGGAUCAGAUGAUAUUAUGGAAAUUCUUCCUCCAGUUCCUAUGCAAUCUCAUGAAUUUCCACAACAACAUGGACAAGCAUUAACUCAGUCCCUGGAACAAGAACAAGAAAAUCUGCCACAGCCGAUGCCAGUAAUAUCAAAUGAAGCCGUUAAUGAACAAAAAUUUUUAUUACCAAAAGAACAAACAAAGGCUAUCUCACCUGUUAAACCACAAGGCACUUGGCAGGCAUCUUCACCGGCCGUUUUGGCAGCCAAACUAAAGGAAGCUACUGUUGCUGUUAAUGAUUUACGCGCUUUAGGAUACAAUUAUUAUGACUUGGUUGUUCUAGCUAAAAUUCACCCACAAUUUUUGGAUGAACAUUUCCCUGAGCUGCGAGAUCAGAAGCCAUUGCCAAAUUUAAAGCGAACACAUGAACAAAUUUCUUCAAAAAUGGGAGCAACUGUUAAUAUGCAAAGCUCUCCGCUUUCUUUGCCAUUAACUCCAAUAACACAGAAAUCGGUUUCAGGUAGUACAAAUCUUAAAUCUUCUGUUACGUCAACUACUUCAACUACUUCAUCGUCAUCUUCAUCUUCAUCUUUAACAUCCCUACGAAACGCGUUAGAAAUUCUUAAAAGCAAGUCAGGCACGGCUUUACCCACCCAACAAAAUCUUUUAUCACCUAACUCUAACUUUCUUGAAAAAGAGAAUAUUCUUACUUUAACAAACGUUCAACCUAGCAUCGCAUCUAUUAAGCCUAUUGCCUCUUCUGUCCAAGCAACAGCAGCUUCUAGCAAGCUUCAAAAAACUGAUAUACCCAAACCUUCAUUACCCAUGUUUGCUCAUACUAAUAAAAAGGUGAAAUUUGGUGAAGAUAGAUGGUCUCAAUCAUUAAACAUUGUUUUAAGUGAAAGCGAAGAUAGUGAUGAUGAACAGGCUGUAUCUACACCACUUACCCCAUCAUCUUCAGGUUCUUCUAAUCAAGCUAAAGCAUUGAUGGAACAAAUUCGUCUUUUGCAACAAAAAAUUGAAAAGGCGGAAAAUUCCAAAGCUAACACUCCUUCUAACGGAUUAGCCACUCCCUCAUCUAGCAUUAAUACCCCACCAAUCACUGAAGAAAUAGUCAAGGAAACUCCAAACGAGAUAUCUUUUACUCCUUUACCUUCAGAGACUACCACAAAUUCUAAGCAAUCUACUCCUACGAUGGGGCUUAAUUCUGUCAAUUCUGUAUUAUCUCUACAUCUUAAAAAUCAAAAAGAUGUAUUUGAAAAAUACAGUAAUGAUCGUGAACGUAUUGAAAAGGAAAUUUCUGAGUGCUCAGCUGAAAUCCGUUUGAUUGAUUUAGAAAAAGUAGAGCGUGAAGUGCAAGAAUUAAAAUUAGCGUAUGAAAAGAAAAUGAUGGAACAUAUGGAGAAGAAGGUUAAGGCAGCUACAACCCAAACCAAACUUGACUCGCUUAAACAAUCAGCUAGCCGUAUUUCUAAUAUUAUUUUGCAAGCUGAGGCUGAAAUUUUUCGAACUGAAAAAGAAAUGCAAAAUGACUUAGAAAGUAUUGAUACCAAAAAGUUUGAAGUGGAAGCCAGUAAGCAAGUUCAAGAAGAGAUUCUUAAUGAUGACCUGGAUGUUAAUGUGGUUGUUCCAGCCCAAGAGACAAAAAAGAAGAAGAAGAAAGACAAAAAGAAGAAAAAGAGGGCUAAGAACGUAACUGAAGAAGAAAUGGAUGACUCUGACAUUGAAAUUAUUGAUGUCAAGAAUAAUGAUUCUGAUGACAAUGUUUCAAUAAAGUUUGAGGACUUUAAGAAUAUUGACAAUAUUGACAAUAUAGAGUCUCCAGUAGAUGAUGAGCCACCUAACCAAACGAAGUCAAAAAAAGAGGACGAUUCUAUUGAUCAAAGCGACUUGGCCAGCGAUGAACAAAAAGAGACACUUAAGGAAGAUGAAGCUUUUGAUCUUGGUGAAGUUGACAAUAAUGACGAUCUAGAGUCUCCUAUUAUAUCUGGUAUUUCCGGUGAGCAUGAUGACGAUAGUCCAAGUUCUCCUGAGCCUGAAGAAGCUAUGAUUCAUAAGGAAGCGUCACCCGAAGCAAAGAUUUCCCACUUUACGUCAUAUGAAUCACCAUUAAAUAUCUUUCGAUCAUUUAAAUUUAGUCCGUUUUUUAACGAAACUAUUCAGGGUCGGUACAAGUCACUAACCUAUUCACAGAUUCCAGAUGAGUAUAUUUGCAACAAUGAGUUUGAGCACGGCGAAUGCAAGAUGCCUAAUUGUAAAUGGCUGCAUUUUAAAGAUAUUGGAUCUUCGGAUUUUACAAUCUUGAAUGAAAUGGCCAAGGCAUUUUUAGGUGAUACCCCCGAAGAGAUUGACGACUACCGUUCAGGACUGGUAAAGAUGCUUACGGCACAAGGUGAGUCUUUGGACUUUGACAGUACCGCUCAAGCAUCUAUAGAUUAUCGGCGUAGCAAGUGUCCUGAUCGUUUCUUGGACUGGCACAAGUUCAAUUCGGUUAAGGUUAAACAAGAGAAAAGUGCGGGAGGAUCAUGA